CCUCUUUCUGACACAGUUUAGUUACUGAUGGAAGAUCAAGAUGUUAUUACCGAAGUCCCUGCAGCACUGAAACGGCUGGCCAAAUACAUGGUGCGUGGCUUCUAUGGGGUAGAGUACUCACUGGUCCUUGACUUAUUGAUCCGAUAUCCCUGUGUGAAGGAGGAUGACUUGUUGCUACUGCUCAAGUAUGAACGCAAACAGUUGCGCACUGUCCUCAACACACUCAAGGCAGAUAAAUUUGUCAAGCUGCGCAUGCGGGUUGAAACAGGGCCCAAUGGGAAGAGUACAAGGCACAACUACUAUUACAUCAACUACAAGUUGCUGGUGGACGUGGUGAAGUACAAACUGGAUCAUGUGCGCCGGAAGAUAGAAGCAGAUGAGCGGGAUUCAACCACCAGGUCCUCCUUCAAGUGUCCAUCCUGCUUCAGCACUUACACGGACCUGGAAGUAAAUCAGCUGUUUGACAUAUUCACAGAGACUUUCCGCUGCACCUACUGCAAUGCUGAAGUGGAGGAGGAUGCCUCUGCGCUUCCCAAACGAGAUGCUCGAACCUUGCUAGCAAAAUUUAACGAACAGAUUGAACCCAUCUUCGCACUACUGCGCGAGACUGAAGAUGUUGUUCUACCACAUGAUUUGCUUGAACCUCAGCCAACAGAAAUUCCAGAGCUAUCAGAAAGCUUUGAACAGAGGGUAUGUUCAAGCAUCCUGGACUCCAGUAUCCAUCUUGAGAAAUGGGCCAACAAGAAUUCAUCUGUCAGUAAUAUGUAUGUUCAAAACUUGGUCAUUGAUUUCCAAGAGUCUGAGCCAAAGAAGAAAGGGAAGGAAAAAGUGACUAAAGAACAUCCUAUAUGGAUGUCCGAAAGUACUGUACAAGGAGCAUCUUCAAAUGCAACUGAUUCCAAUAUUGAAAUGUCCAAAGAAACGGAUGACUGUGUUAAGGAGGCUGUUACUGAUAAUGAAGUAAUAAGGACCCUUCUCAUCCAUGAAUCUAAGUCUUCCUCUGGCACAGGGCAUCCCCCUCCUCGUGCCAAAAACAAACUGCAUGAGUCAGAAAGUGACACCAGUGAAUCAGAGGAGGACGCCAAACAUGCAAAACCUGUGGUAGUUAAAGCAGCAGGGAGUGACUUGGAACAAGAGGAGCAGGAAACACUGGAUCCGACAGUAAUGGUUGCUGGACAGGCCCACUUGUACAGUGAAGUUAGUGACAAUCCAGAGCUAGUGUCAUUUAUGACAGAUGAAGAGAGAGAAGUUUACAUCAAGGUGGGACAAGAAAUGUUCCAGUCUGUCUUUGAGUAAAUGCAUGAAUUAAAAAGCAGUUGUUAUACCACUCGUGUAAGUUUAGAUGUUCUGCGAAGUUCUUUCUGUAGCUUAACCUACAGUAGUUGUCGGGUGAAACAAAUGUAAAGUUCAGGAUAUUUUUGUGAAGGUGGUGGUGAGGUCUGAAUCUGCUCCUUGGAGAGCUUGCUAUUUAUUUUUUGCUCAUGUUAUUUCUCUAAAGCAACAAAGUGAAGAUGUUGCAGAUAACCUUGGUUGGUUUCAGUCUAGAGCAGGGGCAGGCAAACUUUUUGGCCUGAGGGCGGCAUUGGGUUUCAAAAGUUGUAUGGAGGGCCGGUUAGGGGAGGAGGGGCGUGGCCUGACGACUGCUCCUCCCCCACCGCUGCACCAUCCAACCCUCCCUUUCCUUCCUGACUGCCCCCCCUCCCGGAAUCCCUGCCCCAUCCACACCCCCACUUCCUGACUGUCCCACCAGGACCCCUGCCUCCAUUCAAAACCCUAUUCCGGCCCUCUGACCUCCCUGACUCCUCUCCACCCCCCCCCCCCCCCCAACUACUCCAUGAACUCCCUUGCCCUCUGUCCAACCCACCUGCCCCCUUACCGCGCACAGAGCACCGGCUCAGGCCAGGCUCUGCAGCCCCCCCGCCCAGAGCAUGGCGCUGGUGGUGCAGUGAGCUGAGGCUGCGCAGGAGGGGGAACAGCAGGGGCUCAGGAGCCGGGCAUGAGGGUCCCAUGGGUUGUAGUUUGCCCACCCCUGAUCUAGCGUAUUUAAAUUUUUUGUUUCCAUAUAGUUCCUGUUUGUGAAACAGUCCUAAAUUUUGUUUAAUAUGCUAAGUAUUGUACUCACUUUUGCUUAAUAUGCUAAGUAUUGUAAUGAAAAGACAAAAUGUAAUGCUUUAAUUACUUUAGAAGCAGGAAU